AUGACUGGGAAUACUCCAACUGGUUUAUUAUAUUGGGUAUUUUUUUUUAAUGCAAUCCUAUUAGGAUUACGUGGUUGUGAACACAUUAAUUUACAAUAUAAUAGUUUUUCACGAAAAAAUGAUUUCUAUAAAGGAUUUGAAGUAAUUCUUUAUAAAUCUAAAACUAAUCAACGUGGUGUUGAUAAUAUUGAAUCACAAGGUGAAAAAUUAUUUAUUCCUGAAAUACCUGAAAUUAUUGAAAUGUAUGAAAAAUAUUUUACUAAGCGUCCAGUUCAAGCAAGCUCAAAUUUUUAUUUGAAACUAUGCAAUAUUAAUGAAUCUACCUAUACGGGUAUUAAUUUUGAUGAUCGUAAAAUUAGUAAUCAUUCAGGACGAAAAACUCUUGUUCAAAUAUUAAAAAGGUUAAAUUUUUCUAAUACCGAAUGUAUGGCAAGUUCAAGACAUAAAUCUGAACAAGGUUUGGCAAGAUAUGAGCGACCAGAAACUGAAAUGCAAUAUAAUAAUGCAAUGAAACUUGCUCAAACAUUUGGAUUUAAAACCACA